AUGACCACGAGCAGUCCGCGAGUUACCCGUCGGUCGCAAGCAAAAGGAGCAACAACCACCCCAACUUCAAAAGAUCACGACUCGGACGACGGUGAUGCGGACGCUGCCGCCGACGAGUUGUCACCGUCUUCUAGUCCUAGACCACGGCGCUCGGCCAGGAAGGUUGUCCUCAGAACAACGAGCGUGGACAGUGACAGCAAUGAAGAAAAGGCAAGUCCUUUCUGCGAAACGUGCGGUGGGACUAGUCAAGCCAACAGGGAGAGCGUCCCGGAAGCACUGCUCGCAUGCUCUUCAUGUCACCUGAGUGUCCACCCGACGUGCGAGGACCUGCAAGAUAAGAAUUUUGACUCUUACAAGUGGGAAUGCAAGGAAUGCAAGCGGUGCAUGGAAUGUCAAAAAAAUAACGAUGAUGCCAACAUGGUGUUCUGUGAUGGGUGUGACCGGGCAGCGCAUACUUAUUGCGCUGGGUUGAAGGAGGUGCCAGAAGCUUCAUGGAAAUGUAAAUUUUGCACGGGACACGGGUCGUCACGGAAAGGCUCGCAGCAGAAGCAUAUCACGCCUCAUAUCACCAUCAAAGCACUCAAGGCACGAUGCCCGCAGGAAGGCUGCAUCGGCAAAGGGCAUGCUCACGAUCCGCAGGCCGCCUCGCACACAUCACUAGGGGACUGUCCAAUCCACCAAUCAAUCCUAAACACCAGCAUGCCAGCACCACCACCGAAAAAACGGGGCAGACCUGCGAAGCACAAGCCGGACGCGUCAGACGUCGACAAAACGCCGAACGUAGGCCCGACACCCGAACCAACGAAGAAGAAGCCGCGCAUCUCUCUCGUGUACAAAAGACCUAAAACGCACCAAAAGGAGAAGCGGGGUGGCAAUAAGUCGGCGAGCGACCAUGAGGAGCCGGAGGAACCGCCACCGAAACCCGUGCCGUUUGGUGGGAAGCUUAGUGAGGAAGAUGCUGAUAUCUCCACUUGCACGCCGGGGCCCGCGGAUCGGGCUAUGUACAAGAAGGCUAUGGCGGAGGCUGAGGAGCAAAUAGCAAAAGCCGCAGCCGCAGCCGCCGCCCAUCUCAAUCCGCCAGACGGCACCCAAGACCACGAUUCCAGCCCGGCCAUCACCAACUCCCACUACGACCCACACGGCACGUUCACGAUCCCUAAAAUCAAGGCCGUGCAGCUGGGUUCCUACGAGAUCGAAACAUGGUACAGCGCACCGUACCCGGAAGAGUACAAUGGUCAGCCCUUGCUGUACAUAUGCGAGUAUUGCUUCAAGUAUAUGAAGAGUAAAUACGUUGCGGGACGGCAUAAGGCCAAAUGCCCACUGCGCCAUCCACCAGGCGACGAGAUCUACCGCGACGGCAAACUCUCCAUCUUCGAAGUCGACGGCCGACGAAACAAGAUAUACUGUCAAAACCUAUGUCUCGUAGCCAAAAUGUUCCUGGACCACAAGACGCUGUAUUACGACGUCGAACCGUUUCUGUUCUAUAUCUUGACGGAGAAUGAUGAGCGCGGGUGUCAUUUCGUGGGGUAUUUCUCAAAGGAAAAACGCUCCUCAGCAAACUGGAACCUCUCUUGCAUCGUCACCCUCCCCAUCUGCCAGCGAAAAGGCUACGGCGGCCUGCUCAUCGAGUUCAGCUACCUCCUCUCCCGCCGCGAAGGGCGCACGGGGUCGCCCGAGAAACCGCUCUCGGAUCUGGGGUUGUUGACGUAUCGCCGGUAUUGGAGGCGGAGUGUUGUUAGGGCAUUGGUCGAGGCCAGGGAGGGAGGGAAGGAGGGGGUUACUAUAGAAGACCUAAGCACAACCCUAUCCAUGACACCCUCGGACGUCAUCCACACCCUCUACCUCCUCCACCUCCUAGCCAAAAACGCACACGGCGACUACGUCCUCCUAUACCCGCGCGCCGCGUUGCUGGAGUACGUCGAGAAGGCCGAUCAGGUCGCGGAGACGCUGCCGAGGGUUAAGCCGGAGUUGUUGAGGUGGAGUCCGUUGGUUUUUAAGACGCCUGUGGGCGUGCAGGGGAAGGGGGAGGGGGAUGAAGGGGAAGGUGGGGAGGGAGGUGGGGAUGAGGAGGAAGGUAGGGAUGAGGGAGGGACGGGAGAGGAGGAUGGGCAGGGGGAAGAGGAGGCGGGGGAGGAAGAGGCGUGA